CACGGGUAAAUAAAUAAUCCAAAUGAAGUAACAAGCGCUUAUCUUGUGCUAUAAUAGCUGUUUGGAUAAACAAGGCAAUAUAAUUAUGAGGUUUUUGAUGAGUAAGGAAAGAAGAGGGAGGAGCUAAGGUGAGGAUAUUGGUAAUGUGACUGUGUAUCUAUCUUCCUAAAGCAGUUAGUUGGGAGAGAGAGAGAAAGACACUGCACCAAUCUUCAAUUUUCUGAUUAAAUUGAACAAAAGAUAACGCGUCUUUCAAAUUCAUUCAAAUUAAACUCUCUCAAACUCAAACGCAACCAAAACGAUGUCGUUAGAAGAAGAAGAUGAGGGUUUCGAGCACACGCUACUUGUCGUACGCGAAGUCGCUGUCUACAAGAUCCCGCCGCGCACAACCUCCGGCGGCUACAAGUGCGGCGAGUGGCUUCAAUCCGACAAGAUCUGGUCAGGUCGGCUCCGAGUUAUAUCACGUAAGGACCGAUGUGAGAUCCGGUUAGAAGAACCGAACUCCGGCGAUCUCUUCGCAGCGUGUUUCGUGUUCCCUGGUCAGCGCGAGGGUUCUGUUGAACCGGUUCUCGACUCGUCUCGCUACUUCGUUCUCAAGAUCGAGGAUGGUCAAGGUAAGCAUGCGUUUAUUGGAUUAGGGUUCAAUGAAAGGAAUGAAGCUUUUGAUUUCAAUGUUGCACUGUCUGAUCAUGAAAAGUAUGUACGGCGAGAGAAUGAUAAGGAAUCCGGUAACUCCGAUGACGCCGAGGAUUCUCAGAUCGACAUUCAUCCUGCCGUUAAUCACAGGCUCAAGGCGGGGGAAACCAUUAGGAUUAAUGUGAAGCAUAAGGCAGCUGGUGGAGCUGGCAUGCUUUCAGCUGCUGGCCUAACGGGCGGGCAUGUAGCAACACCAAAGCCAAAAGUAUUGAACCUUGCUCCCCCACCGGGUGCAGCGAAAAUCAGAUCUGCUCUCCCACCCCCACCAAAUGAUCCUGUUGCUGUUCGGAUUGCUUCUACCAUUACUGGAUCUAGUGUCAAAGGGACAAACGAAGACGCGAAACACUCUACUGAUUCUCUAUCAGAUCUUUCUCAACUACAGAAGAAUCUUCCAAAACCAGCAAAUUCUGGAUCAACAGCUGCAUCAGGAUGGGCAGCCUUCUGAUUAUAUAUACAGACACUCCUGGAUCGAGAGCUGCAUCUGGAUGGGCAGCCUUCUGAUUAUAUAUACGAGUAUAACUACGAGGCUUUUGUUACUCUCUGGUUUAUUUUUGGGGUUAUUCAUUCUGAGAAAAGAAAUAGUGGAGGAAGCUGAAGAAAGAGGUGUGUCAUAAGUAUAGUUAGCACAAUACUGAGUAAUUCGAUUGCUCGAGGAAUGUCCUGGAAAUAUUCAUGUUUUUCCUUGGUUUGUAAUAACAGGUUUCUAUAUCCAUGUAAAAUUAAUUUCUCCCUGAUCCCUUGAUUUCACCCAAUAUUUCUUGAUCGAGGCAUGUGCUUGUGAUUUUCGUGCUCAAAGAAGGGUUCUCCCCAUGCCCAAUUUGUUAACAUGGGAGACCGCUUUUCCAAAUUUAUUUGAACCAACUAUGGGAGGAAAUUAUUGUCGAUGUAUUAACUGAGUUGUCUUAUAAGAACAUCAAAGUACAGACGGUGAUAUUUAUCACUAUCUCUCUUUUA